AUGUAUCCAAUGCCGAUGUCUAUUUUUAACCACCAUCCUAUUGCAUGCUUCCCCCAGCGUCUGUCUUCCCAUCCAUGUGUCUGUGCCUUAUAGCACUUUCUCUUAGUGCAUUGCCUUGGAUCAUAUAAUAUGAAUGCUCCUUAGCAGCAGCUUACCAGCUUGCAACACAUAUUCUGUCACUGUGGGUAUAGGCAGGAGAUUUUAGGUCUUUCGUUUCUGUUUCUUUCCAUCUAUCCCUCUCUUUCUGAUCUUUUCUGCCUCUUCCUGAAAUCUCCCACAUUGCUAUCCUUUUCCCUUCUUGCUUGCCUAAUUUGCCAUUCACUCUUUCUUCUGCCUUGUGCCUCUAUUCUUCCUUUUCCCUGUGUCCCUACUCCCUGCCUGCCUGUUUUAUCUGCCUGAUUUCUCUCACUCUCCCUCUUUCUUCAUUUCGGUACAGUAGCAUUCUUUUCAUAAACAAGCACAGAGCCCUCUCUGUGCUUUUUCUCUGUGCCCCUGUUUCCUCUUCCACUUUAAUCAAUAGACACACCAGCAUGAGAGUUGCUCAGAUGAAUGACUCCUUGUGAAUCUCAGCCUAGACUUCUCUUUCUGCGACUGUGCUGCACAGAGCUUGAAAUCCUUCUCUACUACCCUUUCUAAUAUUCCUCUCCCAGAGGCAAGGACUCUGUCAUGUUGUCCGGUGGAAUAUGCCAGUUUGUGGGUCUCAGAAUACACCUUCUUACCAUCCUCUUCCUGAUUCUCUUGCGAGGAAUCCAGGCUGAAGAUAUAAAUAUAACACAGAAGCCUUCACCAACAAGUCUAGUGGAGCUGGUUCCCCAUGAACUUGUCAACAAUAAGAUCAGCAAAGAGAAUUCCCAGCUAAAAGAAACUGUAUCUCAAAGCAUCCCUCCAUCUGCGGAAUUAAUUGACCCAGAAAGGCAAACUAGGUUAUUCCACAAAGAGGUAUCUGAAGUGUCAAGCACUGCCCCAAACUUUUCUGGCACACAGACUCUGCCAACAAGAAAAAAACCACCAUCCUUAAAGCAACUGAACACAGCAAGGAAACGUCUGAGACCAUAUUCCACCUCUUUUGUUUCUGAAAGACUAGCUGAGACAAGUGGGAGUUUUUCCUUACCCACGGAAAAGGUCCAAGGAGUGAAGGAUAUUUUGUCAGAGACCAGAGAAGCAAGAGAACAUAUUCCAGAGUUUUCAUUAUGGGUUAACAGAAGACACAGUGGCACAAUUUCCCAGUUCCCUAUUCAGUUAACACCAUACACAUCUCAACCUGCAGUUCCUCACAACUCUGAAUCCUUGAAAUUGGCCUCAUCUGAUAUAAACACUUCUCUGCAGGCAGAUGAACCUUCCAGAACACAUCAUGCAGACAAUGAUUUGAACACAGGAGAGGAAAACCAAGAGACAACAACGUCUACAAUUAUAACGACAACAGUUAUAACCACAGACCAAAAUCCAGUUCAAUGCAGUAUGAAUUUCCACGAGCCGGAAGCAUACAUUGACUCAACAGAUUACCCGCCGCUUCCUUCUCAAAACUAUUUGGAGUGUACUUACAAUAUCACUGUGUACAUGGGCUACGGAGUUGAGCUACAGGUAAAAAGUGUAAACCUUUCUGUAGGAGAACAGCUAGCCAUUCGAGGAGAAGGAGAGGAGGGACUAGUUGUUUUAGCAAAUGAAACACUUCUGGUUGAAGGUCAGGUGAUACGGAGCCCAACAAACAGUCUAUCGGUUCACUUCAGGACAUUUCAGGAUGAUACUAUGGGGACCUUCCAACUACAUUACCAAAUUUUCAUGCUGAGCUGCAGCUUUCCCCGAAGGCCUGAUUAUGGAGAUGUGACUGUAAUGGAUCUUCAUGCUGGUGGAAAAGCUGAUUUCCAUUGUAAUAUGGGAUAUGAACUGCAGGGCUCCGAAAAUCUUACGUGCGUCAAUGCUUCUAAACCACACUGGAGCAACAAAGAACCAAUCUGCAUUGCACCUUGUGGAGGCAGAGUGCAAAAUGCUACAGUUGGAAGAGUACUUUCACCAAAUUACCCCAGUAACUACAGCAACAACCUCUUCUGUGCUUGGACAAUUGAUGCCUUAUCAGGGCAAAAACUGCAUCUUCACUUUGAGAAGUUUAUCCUGAGCCACAAAGACAGGCUAGCUGUUUACAGCAAUGGAAAAGUGCUCUUUGAUUCUGCCAAAACAGAGACAGUGCCAUUUGAAGGGCUGAUCAGUGAAGGAUCGUGUGUAAGAAUCGAAUUCUCUACAGAUGAGACAAACAAUGCACCUGGGUUCAACAUUCGCUUUGAAGCUUUCGAAAGAGGGCAUUGCUAUGAACCGUACAUCCAGAAUGGUAACUUUACGACAACAGACCUUACGUACAGCAUGGGAACAGUGAUUGAAUUUACUUGUGACCCUGGUCACUCUUUGGAGCAAGGGCCAUCUAUCAUAGAGUGUAUCAACAUGAAAGAUCCCUACUGGAAUGACACAGAACCAGUUUGCAGAGCCAUGUGUGGUGGUGAGCUAUCAACACCUGCAGGAGUCAUUUUGUCUCCAAACUGGCCUGAUCUCUACACAGAAGGAGAAGACUGUAUAUGGAGAAUACAUGUUGGGGAUGACAGAAGAAUAUUCCUUGAUAUUCAGUUGUUGAACCUGAGUAACAAUGACAUUCUGACCAUUUAUGAUGGAGAUGAGAUCACAUCAAAGAUUUUGGGACAGUUUGUUGGAAACAGCGGCCCGCAGAAACUAUACUCCUCCUCCCCUGACAUGUCAAUCCAGUUCCACUCGGACCCUGCUGGGCUGAUCUUUGGAAAAGGACAAGGAUUUAUCAUAAACUAUAUAGAGGUGUCCAGAAACGACUCUUGCUCAGACCUACCUGAGAUUCAAAAUGGAUGGAAAACCACAUCCCACACAGACUUGGUCAGAGGGGCCAAGAUCACCUAUCAGUGUGACCCGGGUUAUGAUAUUGUGGGAAGUGAAACCCUGACCUGCCAAUGGGAUCUUAGCUGGAGCAGUGAUCCCCCAUUUUGUGAGAAAAUCAUGUACUGCACUGAUCCUGGAGAGGUGGAGCACUCCACUCGUUUAAUCUCGGAUCCAGUUCUGCUCAUUGGAACCACUAUUCAAUAUACCUGCAACACAGGCUUUGUGCUAGAAGGAAGCUCUCUACUAACCUGCUACAGCAGAGAGACUGGGACACCCAUCUGGACAUCAAGAAUCCCACACUGUGUCUCGGAGGAGUCCCUUGCCUGUGAUAACCCAGGAUUGCCUGAAAAUGGCUACCAAAUUCUCUACAAGAGGCUCUAUCUGCCUGGGGAAUCGCUCACAUUCAUGUGUUAUGAGGGUUUUGAGCUGAUGGGAGAAGUUACCAUUAAAUGCAUCCUUGGCCAGCCAUCCCAGUGGAGUGGGCCUCUGCCUAUGUGUAAAGCCACUCAGGAUCGCUUUGAGCAUGCAUUACAAGUGGCAGAAGCAGCGGCAGAGACCUCUUUAGAAGGUGGAAACAUGGCACUGGCUAUAUUCAUCCCCGUUGUGAUCAUUUCUGUCCUGCUUGGAGGAGCUUACAUUUACAUAACAAGAUGCAGAUACUAUUCCAGUCUACGUCUUCCCCUUAUGUACUCACAUCCUUACAGCCAGAUAACAGUAGAGACAGAAUUUGACAAUCCAAUUUAUGAGACUGGGGAGACGAGAGAAUAUGAAGUUUCAAUAUAGAAGCUUUCAGUCUCGCAAAAAGAAACCUUCAAGAUGCAAGACGUCAGUACAAAAACACUAUAGAGACUACUUGGAGUUGGACUGAACCUUUUUAGACCAUUAGUUGUAUUUUCUUUUGACUCUUUAUUGCAGCUAUCCAUCUCUGUAUUUAUAACAUUGCAUUCAAACAGGUUUGGUAACAGGAAAAUCUUAUGUUUGUUCAAAUGCUAACAUGUGUGUAUAAAAUAUUUGGGCAAGGCUUGGGAUAAGUACAAGGUUAUUUUACAAAAAGGUCUGCAGUUGCAAUAAUGGCAUAGCCACUCACCAUACAUAGUAAUGUAUCUUCACUACUGAGAGAGACAAUGCAUCGAUGUAUUCGAUGAAAUGGUGAAUUUGUUAGACUAAAAUCCUUCAUUUUUUUUUAAAAUAUUUUAUUUUGCAUCCAUUCUAGUUGCAAGAUUAACAGGAUUUUAGACAGUUCUUGAUGCACAUUAUAUGAGCAUGUUCCAUGCAUAGAAGUGCCUAUAGAGUAGAUCAGUUAAUCUGUUAAUGAAAACUUGGGCACACAAUGGCAGAUGAUCUUCCUUGAUCUGCUGGAAGUUUUGAUGGGCAUUAAUGCUGAAAUGCUUUGUUCUGAAGACGGGGACUCUUCAAAACAACGUAUCCUGGCAAUUUUUAAUAUCCCAGUGUCUUGGUGAUAGUAUAUUGUAACUAAAACCUCAGUGGUUUUGGAAAGGUAAAUCACUAAUCACUAAGUUAAGCUUUGAUUAUGUUGGUGGCUAGAAUCCUAAUCUAAGGGACUAACCCCUACCCUUAUAAGUAAUAAAAGGCACUUAGCUUGUCCAGGUGCGGUACCCUAAAGCAACCAUCAAGAUGUUUGCUUAUAAAAUUUGCACCAUUUAUUAAGGAGGUGCAAAUUAUAUAGCAAAGCAGUACUAGAUUCAGCAAUACUGAUUCCACCAUAUUCUUUUUUAGCAUCGAUGAUGUAGGGGUAAAUCUAGAAAAGUCCUUGUAAACUGCAAUGGGUAUUGAUUAUGGGAAAUAUCUUAUUUAACAAUCUAAUUACACUGGAGUAAUAUUUUGUGUUUGCUUUGUAAUUAUUCAUGCUACCUUUGGAUUAACCUAAGUUUAACAUGUAGGGGUCAAACAUGGACUGUUUAUUAAGACAUAUUCUAGACUGCCCUUAUUGCAAAUGUCUAACCUUUUAAUGACUAAAUCCUUGAUUUGCAUAGUGACUGAAGCUUUUAUGGAUCUCAGUGCCAUAAACCGCUAGAUUACAAAAAGUGAAUACAAUGAGAUAUUGAUUUCUGUAUAUAAUAUUGUGUAGCCAUCAAGCUUCACUAAUCUUCUUUUACAAAGGCUCCAAAUUAUAGGCAAUGCCUUGGUUUAAAAAAGCAUCCACUAAGCUAAGCUAAGUCUAUUUGCUUGAUAAUUUAUUCAUAUAUUUAAGAUUUGGCAAAUGUGGAGCAAAGCCACACAAUAACCAUGAAUAGAUGCAUAUGCACAGGUGCAAACAAAACAAUUCCUUUAUGUUGCAUUUUAAUACAAACUGUAAUUCAUAGAUUUUGUUUUCUAAAUAAAAACUUAAGAAUGUACAGUACUGUUUUAUACAGUUGUCAAAUGCAUUUGCAUUUCAUUUUCCAGAAUAUUACCCUUCAAUAAUAUGUGUGCCGUUUUUUCAACACUUGACUGAGCACAAAAAGAAAAGGCCAGGUUUAAUAUUGUAUAGAAAGUCAUAUGUACAUACUGUCGGUUGCUCUGAAAACAACAUCUUCUCUGGAAAAAAACACAUUUUAACUUCAUAAUACAUGAACAACCUGAAUUAGUAUCUUUAAUGAUGAUGAUGAUACUGCUUAUAAAUACCAUCUCAUUCGUGAUUUUUUUCUACUUCUUUUAAGCAACUUCUCACAAGCAAGCAAGUGCUAGAUCAAACAUUAACAAAGUGUCUGAUCUCAAUCUCAUAUACAUAUAUAUUUGUUUAGGUAAAAGAUCUUCUUAUUUUGUAACAUCUAUUAGAAGUCCAGUGGAAAGCAAGGAUUGGUGGUAAACAAUUCUUAUUUCCACUUUAAAGGAAAUAUGUUUUGAUAUAGUUAGGAAAGAUGGGAUAAUUAUAACUAGGGAUGCCAGUUAUGGUGCUGGUAUGGCCUUUCAAAGCAAUAUAUCUACGACUGGAAAAAUCCAUUAACCAUGAUGUGUUGGAGGAAAUUGAAUCAACUGACAUUGGAUUUACUGAAUUAAACAUAACCCCUUGAUACAAUAUAGUUCUUAUAGUAUUGUAACAUAUGAAAUGGAAUCAUAAUCCCUAAAAUUGGAUUAUUUCCCAUUCAUUUUCUAAAUAAUUAUUUAAGGGCCUAGCUUGCUGUUAGAACAGAACUUUUUUUGCAGAGACAAUGCAACUAAAAGAGAUGCUCUUGGUAUCUGCCUAGGUAACUCUUCUCUAUGUAUAUGAAAAUAAAUGGAAGAUAAUCCUAAAAAAAAAUAUAUAUUCAUUUUUUUUUCAGUAGUGAUUUGAUUAAAUCAUGUUUCUAAUUCUAUAGACAGCAUCAACCAUUCUUGGUGAAAAUUACGUGAGUUAUGGUUCUGGAUAGAUACUGCUUUCGGGAAAGAACAAAUAUUAUACAUUUUUCCAGCUGUCAGUGUUACUGUACAGAUAGGAAAGUGAAGUAUUUCACUCAUGGACUCUUGCUAAAACCCUUUGUCAACGUCCUGUCAAAUCCAGAGAAUAUUUUCAGGUGAUUGUGGUCAAGUCAAUUCAUUCCUUCUCUGUUUCCUCACGGGAAGAAGGCUUUGUAGAUCUCUUUGUACACUGUAUUACUAUUGCGAAGAUUUAGUCCCUGGCAGCAGAGACUUUUGCUAGCAAAAUAAUUUUAUGCCUGCAACUGAUCUCUGCAUGGAUGAAUCAGCUCUCCAUUAAAGAGCCCAGAAAGGACAAUGGAUUCUUUUAAAAUGAUGUGACUUUUUUCCUUUUUGAUGUAUUCUGUCUUAGCCAUUAAAAAAAAUACUGGCCAAUAUUUUAACAGAUUACAUUUGUUUUGGAGGAUAUAAAGUGCAUUGUACUUUAACCUUGAAUAUUUAAAGAUUUCUUUUAAUAAAAAAUGUGCCAAAUUCA